UUCUCACAGACAGAGGAAUCUGAGAAGUAGGAGUGUAAGCAUGAGUCUGUGAAGAGAAACACAAAACUUCCCAAACUUUUUCCAGUACUAGGAUUUUUCUCAACCGGAUAUGCUAGCUGUCCACCGCUCUUUGGAUCUAGCUCGGAAAUAUCUUACCACAACUGUUGACAAUGCAAGGAAGGGCUAGUAAAGCUCCAAAGAAGGAGUUGGUCAUUGAAAGUCCACAGCAGUACAAGAGCUUGGCUGCAGCUGAGGCUGAGGUAGACCCGGUACCACAGGUGGUGGUAAAGCCAAAGGUGAUUGAGCCGCUGGACUAUGAAAAUGUGUUGGUGCAGAGGAAAACACAAAUCCUCAGUGAUGUCCUCAGAGACAUGCUGCAGUUCCCCCUGGAGGACUUUGAGAUUUCAACCUUGAGGCGGCAAGGGAGAACUCUCUACCCCACAGUACCUGGAAAUGCAGAGCGGGAGGCCCAGAGUCUGUUUGUCCAAGAGUGUGGAUAUUAUAUAAUGCGAGGAUUGAUGCUCUUGUGUCAUUGUUUUCUGCAGGAUACGGCCUCCCUGGGAUCCCAGAAAGGCGGUUUUUCCAAACAUGGCUGGCUCUAUAAAGGCAACAUGAACAGUGCUAUCAGCGUCACCAUGAGGUCAUUCAAGAGGAGGUAUUUCCAUCUGACUCAGCUCGGGGACGGCUCUUAUAAUUUGAAUUUCUACAAGGAUGAGAAGAUUUCCAAAGAGCCCAAAGGAACCAUCUUCUUGGACUCCUGUAUGGGUGUGGUUCAGAACAACAAGGUUCGACGGUUUGCUUUCGAGCUGAAGAUGCAGGAUAAGAGCACCUACCUGCUGGCUUCAGACAGUGAAGGAGAGAUGGAGGACUGGAUCAACACGCUCAACAAGAUAUUGCACAGCAGCUUUGAGAUUGCCAUGCAAGAGAAGAGGAAUGGAGACAUUCAUGAUGAUGAUGAUCUUGGAAAGUCAGACAGUUCCUCUGGCAGCAUGGACAGCUUUCAGAGUGCAAGAGAUGUAGAGUCUAGGAUGAGGAAUGAGACCAGAUUGAAGCUGUUCACCCUGGACCCUGACACACAGAAACUUGAUUUCUCAGGAAUAGAGCCAGAUGUGAAGCAGUUUGAAGAGAAGUUUGGUAAACGUGUUCUGGUGAACUGCAAUGACCUCUCGUUCAACCUGCAAAGCUGUGUGGCCGAGAACGAGGAGGGACCAACCACAAACGUGGAGCCAUUUUAUGUCACCCUGUCACUGUUUGACAUCCAGAACGGCAGGAAGAUCUCCUCUGACUUCCACGUGGACUUAAACCACCCAUCUGUAAGAGGCAUGGUGCCCAGUAACACUAGUCAGUAUGUGAACGGCGUAGGGGACACCCACCCUGAGGGGCAGCGGUUGGUCCAUGGGGUGCCAGAGGCAGCCAUGCAGUAUCCAAGACUGGGAGUUUUCUCGGUAACUUGCCCCCACCCAGAUAUCUUCCUGGUGGCUCGCAUAGAGAAGGUGCUCCAAGGGGGAAUCAACCACUGUGCCGAGCCGUAUAUGAAGAGUUCAGACUCCACAAAGGUGGCACAGAAGGUCCUGAAAAAUGCCAAGCUGGCAUGUUGCCGGUUAGGACAGUACAGGAUGCCUUUUGCCUGGGCAGCAAGGCCUUUGUUCAAAGAUGCUUCAGGGACGCUCGACAAAAGUGCUCGUUUCUCAGCCCUGUUCAGACAGGACAGCAACAAGCUAUCUAAUGAGGAUAUGCUUAAACUGCUGGCUGAUUUCAGAAAGCCAGAGAAGAUGGCCAAGCUGCCUGUGAUCCUAGGAAACCUUGAUGUUACCAUAGACAAUGUAGCUCCCAACUUAACAAAUUGUGUUACCUCAUCCUACAUUCCUGUGAAGCAGUUUGAUGUCAGCGACAAGACCAACAUCUUCUUUGAAGUGGAGGAGUUUGUGCCGUACAUAGCCAAAUGUUCUCAGCCUUUCACCAUCUACAACAAUCACCUCUACGUCUAUCCGAAGCACUUGAAGUACGACAGCCAAAAGUCAUUCGCAAAGGCUAGAAACAUAGCUGUCUGCAUUGACUUCAAGGACUCAGAUGAGGAAGAGGCUGUUUCACUCAAGUGCAUCUAUGGCAGACCUGGAGGACCCUUGCUUACCAAAAAUGCCUUUGCUGCAGUUUUACAUCACCAGCAAACCCCCGAAUUCUAUGAUGAGUUUAAGAUUGAGCUGCCAACCCAGCUCCACGAGAAACAUCAUCUGCUCUUUACCUUCCACCACAUCAGCUGUGACAGCAACAGCAAGGCCAGUACCAAAAAGAGAGAACUGGUUGAGACUCAAGUUGGUUACGCCUGGCUCCCCCUGCUGAAAGACGGCCGGGUGACCAUGAAUGAGAGUCAAAUCCCUGUGGCUGCCAACCUGCCUGCUGGAUACCUCAACUGUCAGGAGGGUGCCAGCAAGCAUGUGGGCCCUGAAGUCAAAUGGGUGGAUGGAGGCAAGCCUGUGUUUAAGGUUUCCACUCACCUUGUGUCCACUGUCUACACUCAGGAUCAACAUUUGCACAAUUUCUUUCAUCACUGUCAGAGCACUGCACCUGAAACCCAGGUGUCAGGUGGAGAACUGGUCAAAUACCUAAAGAGUCUGCAUGCCAUGGAGAGCCAUGUUAUGAUAAAGUUCCUGCCUACAACCCUGAAUCAGCUGUUCAGGGUGCUAACCAGUGCCACCCAAGAGGACGUGGCAGUCAACGUCACCAGAGUGAUGAUUCACAUUGUUGCCCAGUGCCACGAGGAGGGAUUAGAGCACUACCUGAGAUCGUAUGUGAAGUUUGUAUUCAAGACUGAGCCUCACACGUCCUCAACCAACCGAUCGGUGCACGAGGAGUUGGCUAAAGCCAUGACUGCUAUCUUGAAGCCUUCCACUGACUUUCUCACGUGUAACAAACUCCUCAAGUACUCCUGGUAUUUCUUUGAAGCCUUAGUCAAGUCCAUGGCUCAGUACUUGAUUGAGAGCUGUAAAGUGAAGCUGUCCAGGAAUCAGCGCUUCUCCGCAUCCUUCCAUCACACUGUGGAGACUCUGGUCAACAUGAUGAUGCCACACAUCACUCAGAAAUACAAAGACAACCUGGAUGCCGCCAGGAACGCCAACCACAGUCUUGCAGUCUUCAUCAAGCGCUGUUUCAACCUGAUGGACAGAGGCUUUAUUUUCAAGCAGAUCAACAACUAUAUUAACUGUUUUAUGCCUGGAGACCCAAAGACGCUGUUCGAGUUCAGGUUUGAGUUCCUGCGCGUUGUGUGCAGCCACGAGCAUUAUGUCCCUUUAAACCUGCCCAUGCCAUUUGGAAAAGGAAGGAUAUUAAGAUUUCAAGACCUCCAGAUGGAUUACUCGCUGACAGAUGACUUCUGCAAGAACCACUUCCUGGUCGGGCUGCUGCUCAGGGAGGUCAGUGUAGGUCUGCAGGAGUUCAGGGAGAUUCGUCUGAUAGCCAUCCAUGUGCUGAAAAAUCUGAUGAUAAAGCACACAUUUGAUGACCGCUACAGCUCCAAAAGCCAGCAGGCCAGGUUGGCCACCCUGUACUUUCCCUUGUUUGGUCUGCUCCAAGAGAAUGUCAACAGACUGAAUGUGAAGGAAGUCUCCCCAUUCACCGUCAACCACUCCAACAAUAAUGGAAGAGAAGAUUCACUUCUUGCCAACACUUUGACAACACCUCCCAGAUCCAGCACCUUUCUGGACACCAGUUUGCACAAAGAUGUUUUUGGAGUCAUCUCUGGCACCUCUUCACCUCACGCGUCGUCAACACCCAACAUUAACUCUGUGCGCCACGCAGAAUCUCGCGGCUCACUCAUCAGCACUGAUUCUGGCAACAGCCUGCCUGAGAAGAUCAAUGACAAGGCCAACUCUCUCGACAAGAACCAGGCUGCUUCGACAAUGGGAAGUACCCUGCUGCGAUGUGAUAAAUUGGACCAGGCAGAAAUCAAGAGCCUACUCAUGUGCUUCUUACACAUGCUCAAAACCAUGUCUGAGGAUGCUUUGUUCACAUACUGGAACAAGGCUUCAUCUGCUGAGUUAAUGGACUUCUUCACUCUAGUCGAAGUGUGCCUCCAUCAGUUCAGAUACAUGGGAAAGAGAUACAUCGCAAGGAACCAGGAUGGGGCAGGACCUGUAGCACAUGAGCGGAAGUCACAGACUCUGCCUGUGUCCCGUAACAGGGCGGGAAUGAUGCAUGCCCGCUUACAUCAGCUCAACAGCCUGGAUAACUCAUACACUUUUAACCACACCUACAGUCACUCGGAUGCAGACGUGUUAAAUCAGUCACUGCUGGAGGCUAACAUCGCUACGGAAGUGUGCAUGACCGUCCUGGACACGCUAAGCAUCUUCAUCAUGGGAUUCAAGACCCAGCUGUGCUCUGACCAUGGCCACAGUCCACUAAUGAAGAAGGUGUUUGAAGUCCACCUCUGUUUCCUGCGGAUCAAUCAGUCAGAGACGGCCCUAAAGCAGGUCUUCACUUCACUGCGCACCUUCAUCUACAAGUUUCCCUGCACAUUUUUUGAAGGACGUGCUGACAUGUGUGCUGCCUUCUGUUAUGAGAUCUUGAAGUGUUGUAACUCCAAGCUGAGCUCCAUUCGCAGCGAUGCCGCCCAUUUGCUCUACUUCCUCAUGAAGAGCAACUUUGACUACACAGGUCGCAAGUCUUUUGUCAGGACGCACUUACAGGUGGUGAUUGCUGUCAGUCAGUUGAUAGCUGAUGUGAUUGGUAUUGGAAGUACCCGCUUUCAGCAGUCUCUGUCAAUAAUCAACAACUGUGCCAACAGUGACAAAACUAUUAAGAACACAGCUUUCCCAUCAGAUGUGAAGGACCUGACCAAACGCAUAAGAACAGUUCUGAUGGCCACGGCUCAGAUGAAGGAGCACGAGAGAGAUCCAGAGAUGCUGGUGGACCUGCAGUACAGCCUCGCCAAGUCUUACGCCAGCACGCCAGAACUACGCAAGACCUGGCUGGACAGCAUGGCCCGGAUCCAUGUGAAGAACGCAGACCUGUCAGAGGCGGCCAUGUGCUAUGUGCAUGUUGCAGCGCUUGUGGCAGAAUACCUGCGGAGAAAAGGCAUGUUCAAGCAGGGCUGCUCAGCGUUUCGUGUCGUGACUCCAAACAUUGAUGAAGAGGCCGCAAUGAUGGAGGACGUUGGCAUGCAGGACGUUCAUUUCAAUGAAGACGUCCUAAUGGAGCUUUUGGAGGAGUGUGCGGAUGGACUGUGGAAAGCUGAGCGUUACGAGCUCAUCUCUGACAUCUACAAGCUCAUCAUCCCCAUUUAUGAGAAGCGCAGAGACUUUGAGAAACUGGCCCACCUAUAUGACACCCUGCAUCGUGCAUACAGCAAAGUGACAGAGGUAAUGCACUCAGGCAAGAGACUGCUGGGCACCUACUUCAGAGUGGCCUUCUUUGGCCAGGCAGCGCAGUACCACUUUACUGACUCAGAGGCUGAGGGCUUCUUUGAAGAUGAAGAUGGUAAGGAGUACAUCUACAAAGAACCCAAAUUCACCCCACUGUCGGAGGUAUCUCAGAGGCUUCUGAAGCUGUACUCUGACAAGUUCGGACAGGAGAAUGUGAAGAUGAUCCAAGACUCUGGCAGGAUUAACCCCAAAGACCUGGAUUCUAAGUUUGCGUACAUCCAAGUGACACAUGUGACCCCUUACCUGGAGGAGAAGGAGCUGGUAGACAGGAAGACAGACUUCGAGAAGAGCCACAACAUCCGUCGUUUUGUGUUUGAGAUGCCUUUCACCAUAUCAGGCAAAAAGCAAGGCGGGGUGGAGGAGCAGUGCAAACGCAGGACUAUACUAACCACCACGCAUUGUUUCCCCUACGUAAAGAAACGUAUCGCAGUGAUGUAUCAGCACCACACUGAUCUGAGCCCCAUCGAGGUGGCCAUCGAUGAGAUGAGCAAGAAGGUGGCUGAGAUCAAACAGCUGUGCUCCUCCAGCGAGGUGGACAUGAUCCGUCUGCAGCUCAAACUGCAGGGCAGCAUCAGUGUCCAGGUAAACGCAGGACCACUUGCAUAUGCACGAGCUUUUUUGGACGAUGCAUGUGCCAAGAAGUAUCCUGAUAACAAGGUCAAACAGCUGAAAGAGGUCUUUAGGCAUUUUGUUGAGGCAUGUGGCCACGGAUUAAGUAUUAACGAGCGUCUGAUCAAAGAGGACCAACAGGAGUAUCACGAUGAGAUGAAAGCCAACUAUAGAGACCUAGCUAGGGAGCUGUCCAUCAUCAUGCAUGAGCAAAUCAGUCCUGUGGAAGAUGGUAUGAAGAGCGUUCUUCCAGACUCGCUUCACAUCUUUAACGCCAUCAGCGGCACGCCAACCAGCGCCACCAUCCACGGCAUCCCCAGCUCUUCCUCUGUGGUAUGAUGCUUGCCUGGGUUAGCCUUGAACCCUGUGGCCUCUAUACUCGCCAAUCAGGCAUGCCGGUGAAGCAACAUUGUCUCUUUUGAACCUGAUCCUUCUUUUCUUUAGUCAGUUUAACAGGAAACUGACAUAAGCACAGACAACUCUGACCCCCUCUCACCUCUCUCAGUGAACCAUGACCAAGGCACUGGACCUAUUUAACGUAUACACACGGCAUGGUAACUUCUGUUGGAUGUCUGUGACAGUACUGACGGGGAGCCUAAUACCAGAGAGGGGAUCAUGUAGGAGAGAUGACAGAUUUUACAACCUGCUUCAUGGCCACACAUAAUGUGUCACUUGUUUUUACCU